UUGCGAUGGUACGAAACUAAACGCUUAUUCACAUGAAACAUGAAACUGAGGGCGUACAGGGAAACACGAAAUCUUGUUAUCUGCCUAUCUAUCGUUCCCUGCCUGAUAGAGAGGCAGAUAACGAAAUUAAAUUUUCGUGUUAUAUUACCACAAUAUGGAAUUUGGAACUUAAAAUACAUAAAAAAAAUGUUAAUGUUAUGUUAUUAUUAUUAAUGUUAUGAUGUUGUUAAAAUAUAUCAAGGAUUCGAAGUAAUUUACAGUCAGUAAUUAGUCGUAAUGUAAAGCAGCUUAUUGGCAUUAAAUGAACAUUUUCUUCAUCAUAUCAUUGUCAUUUUCAUUUUUUUGUCAUCAUCAUCGACGUCACCGUUAUCUACGUGGAGUAAACAAAACGCAUUAUCUUAUCAUGGUUUGAUUAGAUUUUUCUUAUUUGAGUUUGACACUUGAUUUGACACUGGCAUAUAAAUGCAAGUACAGCCGGGAUAUUAUUAUUUUUCUUUUUCAAUUUUCAAUAAAAUCCACAUAUUUGCUUAGCAAGAACAUGUUACUGGUUUCCUCGCCAAUAAUAAAACCAUAAAGUGUACAUAGUCAUGGGUUUAAGGAAGAAAAAGAACAUUAUUACCUUGACUAUUUGUAUGGUAAUCAGUUUUAUUCUUUAUCAACUAUAUUUCUUUCUAUCCAUUACUUCGGCUAGUAGUGGUGACAGAGUGAUUCCAGUUCACGUCGCGGAUAUAGAAAACAUAGUGCACGUGCGACCAGAAUCUGACAAAUACAUAAAUAACCAUGGAGUCAUUAAGGGUGUGCUUUACUACACAAUGCUGCAGUACAGGCCUGAUGCGAAGGGAGAUUUUAAAUGUUUGAAAUCAGAUCAGUAUAUUCCAUUUGAGCAAGUGAAUGAUGACUACUGUGACUGUGAUGAUUCCAGUGACGAACCUAGUACUAAUGCCUGUGUGAAUGGCACAUUUUAUUGUGAUAACCAGAGCAGUAAUAAGAGGGUUGCUCCCAAUUCUGUCCCUUCCAGUAAGGUCAACGACGGAAUUUGCGAUUGCUGUGAUGGCUCAGAUGAAUGGUUACAGGAAAAUAAUGUCAAAUUACUUAGUCAAGCGAAUAAAAGACAUUACAGAUAUUAUGGAAGCAAAUGCCUUAAUCUAUGUUGAUUACUUAACUACUUAUAUUUUAUGUAUAUUUUAACUAUGUACAAAUGAACCUCUUUCAUAUAUAGCAGUUAUUCCAUUAACAUGACAGUUAGGUUGGCGUUGGGUAUUUAAUUUUCAUGGAAACUUUUUUGGGGAAUUUUAUUAAUAUUGUAUUGUAAAAACAUAGCACAAGUUAUAAUAGAAUUCGUACAUAUUUUAGACACACAUGCUAUAUCAAUAGAUUGUAUUUGGGUGAAUCAACUUUUAAGAUUCUGAUUAAGAUUCAGAUUAUUUUUAUUUGCGAUAAGUACAUGUACAUGCGAAUACAGUUAUAUACAAUUAUUUACAAGAUUUACAUGUAUUGCUUAAUCUAGCUAAAAAACUCCCCAUUUUGAGCUAGAUACUCCCCAUUUCCUGCAUGUUCCACUAAAUAUCAAAUUAUAGUACCACUAAUAGUGUUUCUAUUCAGUUUAGAAAAAAAUGAUAUUAGAAACCUCAAUAUCAUUUUUAAAGACCUAUCCAUAGAUACCCCACACGUAUGGGUUUGAUGAAAAAAGAUUUUUUGAGUUUCAGUUCUAAGUAUGGGGAACCCCCAAAAUUUAUUGUUUUUUUUUUCUAUGUUUGUGUGAAAAUCUUAAUGCGGUUCAUGGAAUACAUCUACUCACCAAGUUUGAACAGUAUAGCUCUUAUAGUUUCGGAAAAAAGGGGCUGUGACAUAAUCGGACAGACAGACGGACAUGACGAAUCUAUAAGGGUUCCGUUUUUUGCCAUUUGGCUACGGAACCCUAAAAAUAUGUACUACUUUACUUCCUUACAAUAAAAUUUGUGCUUAAUCUUGUACAUAAUUAUAAGUAGAUAUUUUUUUGCUAUAACUAACAUAUGUUGCAUAAUAAUUGAGUUCCUUAGUAAAUUGAAGAGGAUUUGAUCUCUUUUCCAAAAGUGUAUUUCAAAUAUAUUUUUGGCUUUUUACAUUGUUUCAAUAUUUUUUCAACACUAAUAUUUUAAAAGACUGAAGUAUGUAAUAUUAAGUUAAUAAACAAUUUUGAACUUUUAAA